AUGAAUUUCCCUUUCGCCAGGUUGCCCUUGGAGCUGAUCCUGGAAGUCGUCCGGAUCGGUGCUUCACCCGACUGUUCCACUGCGUUGCACCGUCCGUCGUAUGCCACUGCGAUUUCUCUGGCCUCGACAUCGUCUAUGCUGUGCUCUAUCGCGAUGCCGCAUCUCCUACGCACGGUAGUGCUCUGCACGACCGACCACGUCAUUGCGUUCAUAGAGUCUAUCGUGCUGCAGAGAAAACUACUCGCAAUGAAGCCGGCUUCCCGCUUGGCGCUCGAGUAUCCACGGCUGGUGCGUCGGUUCUGGUGCACAGAGUGCGCGGAGCGGCACCCCUUCUCUGCGGGCUUUGAUCUGGACUACGGCGCUCUGUACUCAGUUCUGCGCAAUCUCGAUUGCCUGGGACUCGACUUCCGAGCGAUGCAUCUCCUGUAUAACAGCCUCGCGAGUCCAGGCGCCGAUCCUCAGUAUGACUGGCUCUGCCGGCGUGUCGUCUUUGCUGGCAAGCACCCGCGAUGGAAUCCACUGAAGAUGUCUGCGGGUGGAACUCACUUCUUUUCGCAUAUAACCCACAUAUCGUUAUGGAUACACGACGCUGCCGACUUGUCCGCCACAAACUCGAUCCCUACUUGGCUCCAAGAUGUCCCUCUCACAGCUAUGCCGAAACUGACUCAUAUGACCGUUCUCCUGGACAGCGCCUCCGAUCCCGAGUGCAGUCCGGGCAGUGUAUUGGUGUGUUCCAGAGACAGCACCGGCAGACCGAGUUUUCAGUCGCAGCAAGAUCUCCUCGCUCUCUACCCCGUUCACGACAUGACAGUGAAGCCGCGCGCCAGCGCUGCAGGGGACUCGGUAUGGGAGUUUUCAUUCAUGCGUGGUGAAGAUGAGGUCUGUUGGACGUGCAUUGAGUGA